CUGACAGGCAGAGAAAGAUUCUGUCAAAAUUUGCCAUCUCCCGAAAAUGUAUCAAGUAGAAGUUCACCCUGUUCAACGGUCUUCUCAGACGACGGCAAGGAUUACUAUGACUUUCAGUUAUACAGCCCCCUUAGUGUCGACUGCGAUUUCCAACUGACACCUGAACUUACCAGACUCGAUAUGGCUUCCUCUGCCAUUGAUUGGCUUGAGAACCUGGAUUCAUCUCUUCAAACAGAAGGAGGUUCACAGACAAAUGUUGCAGAGGAUCACCAGCGUAAUAUGAUGACGUCAUACAGGAACGCGGGUGUGGAUUGUCAAGUUGGUGCUGCUGUUACGUUUUUCAACCCUGUACAACCUAGACAUGCUUACGGUCCUUCUCCAACAGAGGUUGCCACCUUCGAAUGUCAUUUUUCUCCUCAUUCUUACCCAAAGGAUAGGAACAACCUAGAUUCUGUUGAUUGCGUUUCUGAUCAGAAAUGGAAAAGAAGCAGGUACUCUGUCCCGGAUGAAUGCAAAGAUGAGAAAUACUGGAGAAAUCGAUCACGCAACAACAUGUCUGCGAGAAAAUCUCGGCAAGCGAAGAGAGACAAAGAUCGCUUGGUCGCAAGGAAGAUGGAGGAACUUGAGAAAGAAAAUGCCAUGCUAAAAAUGAUGCUGGCAAAUUUCAUGGUUCAACAUCAGCGGCAACAACAGCGCUCGCUUCCUUGA